CGGCGGAAGGGGCGGGGCAGCCGUUGCCAGAGAAGCUACUUGAUGGUUACUAGCUCUGUUUUCGUCCUGUUGCACCUGGAUGGGCACUCUUCCACGCAAGCGGUUCUAGGAAUUCGCCUGCUUGCCACCUCGCGUCUUUUGACUUCUUUUCUAGCUUUCACCUACUGCACUUCCCCCUGCGUCCCGCUCUCUCCUAGCCGACCCAGGGCUGGAGAGCACAGUGGAAAGCAGGACAUCCUAAAUGAAAAGACUGAACUGGAAGCAACAUUUAAGGAAGCUGAAUUGGCAACCUGUUCUGUAGAAUUAUUUUUGCCAUUAUUUAAGGAUACCGUUGAAGAGAUUAGUUUUGAAAAUGUAGAGGACAGUUUAUCCAGCAUGUUAGAGAAGCUAACUGAUAAUGAAAAUGAAAAUACUAAUCUUAAGAAGAAGCUACUUGAAAAGGAGACCUAUAUUCAAGAACUUUCUUGUUUGUUUCAGAAUGAAAAGGCAAAUGCUUUGAAAGCAAACCGUUUUUCACAAUCAGUAAAAGUAGUACAUGAACGACUACAGCUCCAAAUUCGUAAAAAGGAAGCAGAGAAUGAUAAAUUAAAAGAAUAUAUAAAGAGCUUAGAAACCAAGAUAACUGAAUGGAACUUAGAACUGAGAAAGAAUAAGCAUGAAGCUGUAGCAAUGAAAGAAUCAAGUAGGCAAAAAACUAUAGCUCUAAAAAAGGCAUCUAAAAUUUACAAACAAAGGCUUAAACACUUUACUGGAGACAUGGAAAACCUUACUUCCCAAAUUAGAGAUCGGGAAGCCAAGCUGUCCGAAACAAUUUCAGCUUCCAAUGCCUGGAAAAGUCAUUAUGAGAAAAUUGUGAUAGAAAAAACUGAAUUGGAAGUUCAGAUUGAAACAAUGAAAAAGCAAAUUACUAAUCUUUUGGAAGACCUGAAGAAAGUAGAAGACGUUGGUAAAAAUUCAUGUGAAGAAAUUCUUAGAAAACUUCACUCAGUUGAAUAUGAAAAUGAAACUCUGAAUCUUGAGAAUACAAAAUUAAAGACUACACUUGCUGCUUUGAAGGAUGAGGUUGUUUCUGUUGAAAAUGAACUCUUAGAAUUGCAAGAAGUAGAAAAACAACAGAAAGCCCUUAUUGAAGUAUAUAAAACUCAGAUACAAAAGUUGCAAGAAGCAGCUGAAAUGGUAAAAAGCAGAUGUGAAAAUUUGCUACAUGAAAAUAACCUAAUAACAAAAAACAAAAAUAAAAAGUUAGAGAAGAUGAGAGGCCAGACGGAGUCUCAUCUGAAGGAGUUAGAGCACGUCUGCGAUUCGGUGACGGCGGCGGAACGGAGGCUUCACGAGUGUCAGGAGGGUGUGCAGCACUACAGGGAGAGAUGUGCGGACAAGGUGCACACCGUUAGGGAGCUUCAGGGCCAGGUUGAUGGAAAUCAUAAUCUUCUAAAAAAGCUUUCUUUGGAAGAGGAAAAUUAUCUUAUUCAGUUGAAGUGUGAAAACCUUAAACAAAAAUUAGAACAGAUGGAUGCAGAAAAUAAAGAGCUUGAAAAGAAACUGGCAAACCAAGAAGAAUGUCUUAAGCACAGCAAUCUUAAGUUUGAAGAGAAAUCUGCAGAACAUACAGCAUUGGCCAGACAGCUGGAAGCUGCUUUAGAAGAAGGAAGACAAAAGGUUUCUGAAGAAAUAGAGAAAAUGUCAUCUAGAGAGAGGGCUUUACAGAUUAAAAUAUUAGAUCUGGAAACUGAGCUUAGAAAGAAAAAUGAAGAACAAAGUCAACUUGUUUGCAAAAUGAACAGUAAAGCACAACACCAGGAAGUAUGUUUGAAAGAAAUACAACAUAGUCUUGAAAAGUCGGAGAAUCAAAAUGAGAGUAUUAAGAAUUAUUUACAGUUUCUUAAAACUUCUUAUGUAACAAUGUUUGGAUAAAUUGUUGGAUUUAUUUUCUAUAAGCGAUAGGAUUUUACUUUAAGUCUAAAACAUGAUUGGGUAAUAAAUAACCUUUAAUUUACGGGUGGGAGUAGUAGAGUUUUUAUGUACAUUUUUAAAAUAUAAUUUAUUAUCCAAUUGCAACUUUAAGAUAUAGAUGUCAGUAUUCCUUUUUGCCAGAUAAUUUCCACUUAGCUCUAGUUUAAUUUAAUACUUAUUUAAAUGAUACUGGUUUUUAGAAUGUUUUUCACGUACACAAAAGAAACCAGAAUCUUGUUUAUAGCCACCAUUUAAGUGAAUUUGUAAUAAAGCUAGGCCGAUUAUGAGCCAAAUACAUGAUUUUGAAUAACCCAUAUAAUUUGUUUUACAUUGUGGCGCUAUAUAUAUAUAUAUAUACAUAUAUAUAUAUAAUCAAGGAAAAUAUUCUGGAUAUUAAUUUUUAAUAAUGGUAUAAGUACAUACUUUCUAAAGAUUCCAAAUGUCUCAAUGUACUUAAUACCGUUUCAAGUAUGAUGCGAUUCUAAUUUCUGUGAGGCUUUUAAUAUAGAAUUUUAAAUUAUAGCUAUUAAAUGCCAACUGAUGGUGACAGAUGAAAACAUGUUGUCCCGCACUGUUUCUUUAUAAAGAAUGGGCAUUUGGGCUCUCCUGUGAAUUCAGUCUCUUUUGUGUUUAAUUUUUUAUUAGUGAUUGUCUGGUGUUAUCAGUGUAAACAUUCUAAAGCCCCCUGAGUUUACUAAAAGAUUACAGGGGAACAACUUGUCCCACCCCUUCCUAUAGACAGCUCCCUUGGGAUGAUCAAAAUAAGCACUCUUAAUGCCAGGAAGCUUUAGGAUAAGGUCUUUAUUAUUGUGACGACAUAGAAGAGAUACCAAGAGCUUGUUCCCACUUUAAUCCCCCACUCUAUAUGCCAAGGCAGGAUGCUCUCAAAGGGGGCCGAUGUAGUCAACAAGAAAUCCAGUAAUAGCUCCUCUCAGACAAUGGCUUGAGAGCUGUUCAUUCAAAGGACACUCAUGUCUCAAAAGAUCAUUCAGAGAGGCAAAUUGUCUACUACAUGGUCCAGCCUCUGGACAGAGGAGUCUCCCUGAGAUGUUUUAUCCUCUUCUCUGAUCAGAAAUGCGAUUCUGCUUUUCUCCGGUCUCCCUCAGUCCUAAGACUGCCAUACGGUCUACAGGAGUUACUUGCCAAUGACCCGACUGCUCGAUAGUAUUUUUCUUAAAAUACCACAACACAGUAAUUUCAGGACCUGGCCACAUUUUUUGCCCAACAAUUGCUAACAACAUUAAUGUUGCCUUUUUUUUUCUUUCUUUUUUUUUUUUUAAAUCAUAGUACUUUUGCUAAAAUGCAUACUUACCCUUGUGGUCCUCUCUUCACCUCCUAAAGCAAAGGGAGCUUUAAGAAAUGCUCACAUGAAAGGAAACUAAGGUUCCUGAGUAUUGUUCACUAGACUAUGAGCUCACUAGACUGUGAGCUCUUAUUCAGAUUUUUAUUCCAGCCACUAGACAAUAACUGGUGUAUUAUGCUCAGGCGAUGUUUGUGGAUAGACAGAUGGAUGUUGAAAGAGAAAAGUAUUCAUAUUCCUAUUUUACAUUUGAAAAAAGUGUAAGCAUAGAAGGAUUAACUACUGUGGCUGUGGUAUAAAACUCUUAACUUUUAAAGUUGGCAGCUGAGCUCAACUCUUCUGAUUCUGAAGUUAAAGUUCUACAUACGGUGCUGUUUUCCUGUCGCAAGCAAUGGUGGCAGCAGCAGCACGGCUAUUAUUCACCGAGUGUUUGCUAUGUGCCAGACAAAGCUCCCGGUGCUGAGCAUGUACUAGUUCAUUGAAUCUUUACAUUUAACACAUAGGUGCUAUUGACUCCAUUUAUUUUUCAGGAAACCAAAACACAAAAAGGUUUCUUGCCCAAGAUCACAGAGCUAGUAAGUGGCAGGCAUCCACAGUCUCUGCUCUUAACUAUGACCAUACUACCUUCAUAUACAUGUCAUAAAUAAAAGUAAGGGUUUCUUUUAACAAUCAUGCAUUUACCUUAUCUAUGAAUAUUUUCUUUUUAUUAUACUUCUAAUUUUUACCAAAGUAGUUUGGGCAUGUAACAUUUAAAAAUUAGUACCUACAGGGGCGCCUGGGUGGCUCAGUCAAGUAAGCGUCCAACUCUUGAUUUCAGCUCAGGUCAUGAUCUCAGAGUUUGUGAGUUUGAGCCCUGCAUCAGGCUCUGUGCUGACAGUGCGGAGCCUGCUUGGGAUCUUCUUUCUCCCCCUUCUGUCCCUCCCCGCUAAUGCUCUUGCACGCUCUCUCUCUCGCUCUCUCAAAAAUAAGUAAAAAAAAAAAAAAAAAAAAUAGCACUUGCAAUGUUUCAGAUAGACUGUGGAAGAAAAUGACUACCGUGGAGUCUCUGAGGCUGGUCCUAAGAUGCGAGUGACAAAAGACAACAGGAAGCUUGCCAGACCCUAGAAGAACAUUAGCAGUCUUUGUACUUAAUGUUUCCAUGUGAUGCAUUAAGUAUAGACAUUGGGCUCUACUGGUGUGUGAACCAAACUCAGCAUUAGGGAGGCCUAGAGUCAGUGCCCUGGUGUCCCUAAGCAGCACCUCUACUUCCAGCUUUCCACCAUCCCACAAAGUCCUUGUCCCACAGUGCUGACAGCCUGGCAGGGUUUCCUCUUUAUCCUUGAUAUUCAGGGACUCAAGACUUUCUUGAAUGCUAAAAGAUGUUUUCCGUUAUUUAUGUGAUUAUUACCUCUCCACAUGUUCCUUUCCUCCUCCUUGUUUUGUCUCCUGGAUCUGAUCUCCGCACAACUUGCCUUUUCCCUCGGGGUCUGUCACAGGGUUUCUUGUGAGGUAUUUCCACCUGACUUUUCUGACCACUAAUGUGGUUCUCAAGGGAAGUCAUUCUCUUUCUGUUGGAUAUUGAAUUUCUAAUUAAUAAAUCAUGUUUUUUAGUUCCUGAAAGUGCUGGGUUUUGUUUUUUUGUUUUUUGUGCUGUAAUUCCAUUAUAUUUUCAUUAAAAUUCUCAUCUGUUUCUUCCAUUGGUUCUACUACAGAAGGAAUCUCAAGUUUCUGACCUGCUGGCCAUCUUUCUUUCCAGACCCCAUAAGUGAGUUUUAAUUUUCCUUGCCUACUCAUGGUGGUGGUUCCCUCAAUACCUGCCAGCAGGCCACCAUGCACAUUUCUUGGGCAGUGGCAAACCAGGUGGUGAAAGGUGGAUGGCUUCAGUUCUUAUGGCCUGAGACCUGCUACCCUCUGCUGAAGGGCUGUGAAAAACCAUUCUUCUCCCAGAUGUUUUCAGUCACGAGCAUCAGUUCUCCUCAACUACCAACAUUGGAAGCACUUUGCUCCACAGAAGAGCCCACUUCAAGGUGUUCAGGGGUUAGCAAGUUGCACCAGACAACAAGCAAAAGUUCCCUUUGGAGGGGAACCACCGGCGGUGUGUGCACCUAGAGUAAUGUAAGGCAACUUGAAGAAUGAAUUCGAUCUGUAUCUGCCGGCUUGAGAUUUGUUCAUAGUUUUUAUUUUUAUAAAAUGUUUAACCUUAAGAGUGACAGAAUUAUGUAUUUGGUAUGAUUCACUUUCCAUAAUCAAGCAUCUCUAUUUGUGAAUGAGUUCACAUAUGUUGGUAUGAGCAUGGAGGAAGGUGUAGAGAAGCCUACAUGCCUUGGUAGGGAUGGAGGAAAUAGUAAUAAGUUUUCACUAUUCCAAUGAGAUUGAACUACUUUCAAUUUUUGGCUAAUCAAAUAAAAAAUUUUGAAGGUUGGAGGACAGGCAUGCUAGGGAGUGGAAGAGUAGGACUGGUAGGAGGUUGAAGAGUAGGACUGGUCUGAGAAUGAAAUACUGGAAUUGGAUUUUCAUAGGUGGAAUAGUUUGGGACAAGGAAAAAGGGAGAAGUUUGCUUGAGGUGGAGUGGAGGUCACCGGAGCACAGGAUGCUGUGUAACUGAGAAGGCAUAGACGUUGAAGCCAUCUAGAAUGCGGAAGGGAUUGGGUGGAACUGAAGAGCAAGCAUCCCGGUUAAAUGUGGGCAGAUGAGUAGGUCACUGUGAUAAGGAGUGGAUGUUUUAAGACUCUCCUGGUGGUUUUGGUUGCAUUUAGAAUAAAAUCCAAAGUCCUCAACAUGACCCUUAAGGUCUUGCAUGUUCUGGCCCUCAUGUCCAUGGCCUCAAGGCUCUACCCACUUCCACACCCUCUCCAGCACUCUCCUCCUCACCCUCUAUGCCCAGUUGCACUUGGUUUCCCCAAGACCAACUUCACUCCUUUUUUUUCUUUUGAAAUACUCUUUCUCCUACUUUGGCCUGACUAGAUCCCCUUCAUUUUCUCAUAUAGCUUCCUACUCUUUUCUUUCAUAACUGGCAAUUUUUUAUUUGUUUGGUCAUUUUGCAUUUGUCUCACUGGAUUUUAAAAGUGGUUAAAUCUAAGUACAUAUUUGUACACUAAGUACAUAUUUGUUGGAUGGAUAGGUAGGUGGAGGGAUGGUGAUACUGCCAUUACUUCUGAACUUCAAGGUAGGAGGAGGGGUAUGGAAAGGUAUGGAAAUUACAGAGUCCAGAAGAAUGAAUAGCAUUCUCUCCUGCAGUCUGCAGGGGAAGCAGUUUCCUGGGUGAGGCGGCAGGUUUCCUUUCAUGUGCAGGUGGAGUCUGAAGAGACUCAGGAUGCAGACCUUGUUUAUAAUCACAUGUGUGUCCCAUAGGCUACAGUGGCGAAUGGGAGGGAGUUGGGACUAAGGGAGGUGGAAUAGGUUGCUUCAGGUAGUUUGAAGAGGAAUGUUUUUUUUUAAUAAAAAUUAAUAAAAAUCCCAUAUGUUGUCUUCUUUUCUUCUGAUACUACUGAAUUUGGAUAGUUGCUUAAGUGCUAGGUAUAACUUACUGUUUUUGAUUUAUUUAACAUUACAACUGUUGUGGUGCUUUUCAAUAACACUUCCACAAGAGAAGAAAAUAUUAAAAAUAAAUAAAAAAUAUUUUCCUUAAAAUUUAAGAUUUUCUUAAAAUUGGAAAGUUAAGGCAUAUUAAAAAAUUAGGUAUCUUGCUUCUUUCUUUGGCAUGGCUUGGGGUGGGGUUAGAGGGAAGAAGGACUGUUAUAAGUGCUCCAUAUCGUUUGUUGUUAUUAGAUAGAGUUAAUAUUGACAACACACUAAGUUUUAAACCAGAAAAAUUAAAACUCUGAUUAGCUGUCAUACUUUAUUUUAUUUUUAUUUUAGAGAGACAGCGUGUGCAAGCCAGGGAGAGGGGCAGAGGGAGAGAGAGUGAGUCUUACUCAGACUCCCAAGUUUAACGUGGAGCCUGGAGCAGGGUUAAUCCCAUGACCCUGGGAUAUGACCUGAGCUGAAACCAAGAGUGAGACGCUCAACUGACUGAGCCACCCAGGUAAAUGAUCAUAUUACCCAACAAUAACAAGAACUGGAACCACCAUUUAAUCAGUACUUAAUACAUGCUUGGAAAAGGAAUAAUGGGGCUGAGAUCUAUGUUAUUCUGAAGCUUGAGUGUCUAGGAGUGGCCAGAGUUUAAAUAGAAGCAUUUGGAAAAUUUCAGGUCAGCCCAAAGUCAAAUCAUGACAGGAGUAUAGCACAUUGAGAAACCAUCUCACUGAUAUUGUUCUAGGUUCUUUUUAUAAAUCAUCUCUAACUACCCUGGAAGGAUAGUAUGAAGAACCUGAGACUUGGAGAAUUAAUUAACCACCCAAGGUAACACAGCAAGUAAAUCUACUUAAAUCUAAAGCUCAUGUAUCAGGAGGACAAUUCCUACUUUUUUCUAAGCAAGGACACAAUUUAUGUCUAUUUGCCACUUUCAAACUUAAUCACUGCUCUGCCACGACAACCUCUCCAACUCAUGCUGUAAAGAGCAGUGAAGAAUGACACAGCCGUUUCAUUUUUUGUGAUGUUUCUCCUUUAGUAUAACUGGUUCUUCUUCUAGCACUGAAUGACAUUUGCAACAUAAAAUGCUUUCUUCUGUGUCUAAACAUGCCCCACCACAGUCAAUUUAUUCCUGGAAUGUUCCUAUUUCAUGCCUCUCCAGACAGAAUUAUAAUACUGUAUCCGUUGUGCUUUCUGUUGUUUGCAACUGAACCCUUCUGGUUGGGCUAUGGGAAUUAUUGCCAGCUAUUAGAUGCUUUACAGAAUUAUGGGAAAAGCUCUAAGAACAGACUCUGUACUGAGCUUCUAGGAACAGCUCCUACUAGUUUCCAAAAAUCACACAGCUUCUGCAUGGCUAAGAACCUCACAGUCUUUUCCUGACAUUUUUUCAGGAAACUGAUGACGAGAAACCUUUGCUACUAACCAAAGGCAUGAGAUGAAAGCCUCCCACCCUUUCUCUCCACUCAGGAGCUGCUUCAUGAGCAUGUAACUUAUGCAGUUGUUCAAGAUCCCACGCUGAGAAAGAUACCAUUCUUGAGACUUCAACACUCUGAGGUUGCCAUCUUGAAAUUCCUACUGUAUCUUCAAAUUUGUGUUUUCGUUUAGGACAGUGGAUUUGGCACUGGGAGCUUGGAACCUCUCAGCUCCUUCCUCCCGCCACCUCCCUGUGACAAGUUCUUGGCCAGUCUGUACCUCAUCCCCUGGCACCGCAAACCUCCACGGUCCAGCUACGUUAGCCUCCCGGGCGUGGGAGUGAGAAUACAGAAGACGGAGAUUGGUUCUGGUCAGGCGCAUGCGCCCUGGGGGAUCUGUGGGAAGAGCGGGCCGCGAAGUUCUAGGAAGUCCUCCUGUCAAGCUGAUGACACCACCAAGGUUUAGGUGACACGGUGGGGGGCGAGUCUCUUACCUGCCUCUGUCCUGGUGCUUAGGACGUCUGGCCGUGGAAGUGACAGCACUGACAGGUGGCCCAUCCUCUGGACUGGGAUGGCAGGUCUUGGGAAAGAGAGAUGCCUGACUGGACUCGGGGAGGUUUCAGUCCUGCAGCAGGUGAGAAAGGAAACCCAGCAGCCAGUGUGCAGAAUUGUGGGCAGGGCCCCUGCGUGCGGGAGAGGAGUGUCUGCACUCAUAACCCGAGUGCCCCCGCCAUUCUGGGAGUGUGACAUUAAAUGACAAAGAAGGAAAAAAAAAAUCCACCUUGACAAGUUGUGGGAAAGACCACAGAAGGAAGGAAAAAUUUUUUCCUGCCUUUUGUAAAAGGCCCACGCAUUUUCAUUUACAGCAAGGAGGUUGGAAUGGAUACUGAGAAAGACAGCCUGCUUUCUCUGCCACGAUUACCUACAUCGUGACUCUGGCAAGAGUUGUACCCCGUUUGUACACUAGACUCCAUGGAGCAGGGCUGGAUCUGGCUCAACAGUCUUUUAUCCCCAGUUCAGGAUACAGGAACCUGUCACAUAGUAAGAUCCCAAUAUUUGCAGAAUUAAAUUGUUAAUCAUC